GUAUAUUGUGUACUAUUUCUUGUCACCGUGGGAUAGCGGGAACGUAAUUUCGAUCUCUUUGUGUGUCUUGGCAUGUGAAGAAAUUGACAAUAAAGAGGACUUUGACUUUGAUAAAGCACUUUACAUGAAUUAAACGUACGUUAAAAGCCGACAAAACAAUACCAUUCAAAACGUCAGAGAAAAACAAUGAAAGCAGAACCAGAGAGAUGCAAUUAUUUUACAACUUACAAUAUAUACACAUAAAUCAGACUUCAAUGCGAAAGGUCUCAUCUUUCAUGUGAGAUCUGCAGUUGUGAUUAGAUCUGACGUCGCUAAUACACGUCUGACAUUCCUUAAAGCUGCUGCAGGUACUGCCCGCAAAUUAGCAUACACCGCACAGGUAUAUAAAAACCUGGCGUGGCAGAUUGCGUCCGACUGGGAGAAGAACCGUGUUACCGUUAUUAGGAUUCCUCAUCAUUCCGGAAUAACAAUGGUGGAUUACGAAGUGACCGUCUACACUGGUGAUCGAGUUCACGCCACCACCAUUAACCCGGUGCACAUUAAGUUAGUGGGCACAGAAGGCGAGAGUGCCCGCACGUGGCUGAGGUCUUUGGUCAUCUUCAGAGGAGCGGUCGCAACCUAUACUGUUUCCUGCCCAAAGUCCCUUGGACAACUGGUUCUGAUAGAACUAGACAAGCGACAAUUCUUCAUUUUGCCUGGUGACGCUUGGUUUCCUGACAGGGUGGAAAUCAUAUCACCUGAGAAAACCAUCUACACCUUUCCCAUCCACUGCUGGAUCUGUGACAGCGAGACUCACCGCUACAGAGAGGGCAAAGCUCUGAGGAUCUUUGACGAAAGCAACUCUCUUGGCCAGUACGCCAGACAGCAGGAGCUGAGUCAGCGAAGUGUAGACUACGCCUGGGAAUUCUAUGGCCCAGGUAUGCCCGACACCAUAAAGGCAGAUGGUGCAAUGACUUUGCCAGAUGAAGUCCAGUUCUCCUUCACCAAAACGACAGAGUUUGCAUUCACAGCGGCCACAGGGUUGGUUGAGCUUCAGCUAAAAGGGCUUGUUGACAACCAGGAAAAUUGGAAAACUCUUGACGAUAUCAACGACGUGUUCCGUAACAAAGACACGCCCUUAUCAGACUAUGUGCAGGAACACUGGACGGAGGACUGGUUAUUUGCAUACCAGUUUCUAAAUGGGGUCAAUCCCACCUUGAUUCAACGUUGCAAAACUCUACUUGAGAAGUUCCCUGUGACUGAUGACAUGGUCUUCAUCCCCGGUGGUUCAAACUUGUCAAAUGAGUUGAAGAAAGGCAACAUAUACCUUUGCGACUACAAGAACCUGGACGGAAUACCAGCAAACACAGUCCAAGGGAAGCAGCAGUAUUUGACCGCUCCUCUUGUCCUGCUUCACAAAAGACCAGACGACAAGCUGAUGCCUAUUGCCAUUCAGCUGAAGCAGACUCCAUCUAAGGACAACCCCAUCUUUCUCCCAACUGACUCUGAAUAUGACUGGCUGACGGCUAAGAUUUUUGUGAGAAGUGCCGAUUUCUCAGAGCACCAGCUCAACGCUCACUUGCUGCGCACCCACCUGCUGGCGGAGGUUUUUGCCGUGUCACUGCUACGCAACCUGCCCAUGGUGCAUCCAAUCUACAAGCUCCUCAUACCCCACACUCGAUACACUCUGCAGAUCAAUGAAUUAGCUCGGGAACGGCUCAUAGGACCCACUGGAGUCUUCACUCUGUUUGCAGCUUCUGGUGGAGAGGCUUUGUCAAAGAUCUUGGCAAGAUCGCUGUCCUCCAUCACCUACAGGUCCCUUUGCAUCCCCGACGACAUUGCUGACCGUGACUUGCGGGACCUGCCAAACUUCUACUACAGAGAUGAUGGACUCCAACUGUGGAACAUCAUCUUUGAAUAUGUGCAGCGAGUGAUAAAAUACUACUACAAAAGCAAUGACGAGGUUCAGCGAGACUCAGAACUGCAGACUUGGAUUGGGGACAUUUUUAAACACGGAUUCCUUUCCCAGCUACAAACAGGAAUCCCUCAAAAUUUUACCACUGUGUCUGAACUGAUCAAGUUUGCCACCAUGGUGAUGUUCACUUGCUCGUGCCAACACGCAGCUGUGAACAGCGGGCAGUACGACUAUGGUGGCUGGAUGCCCAACACCCCUGCCACCCUGCAGCGUGCUCCCCCGACCAAAAAAGGGACGACUAGCAAGAGCACAAUCCUCGAGACCUUGCCCCCUAUCAACGUGACUGCUCAGGGAAUGUCCACAGUGUGGCUGCUCAGCAGGCAGUCCUCCGACUUUGUCCCACUCGGACAUUACCUCGAGUACCAUUACACCGAAAAGACUGUCCGCCAGUUGCAAAAAGAUUUCAAAAGCAAUCUUGACAAGUUGUCGAUCACGAUCAACAACAGAAACAAAGGUCUGGAAAUCCCGUACACUUACUUGGAUCCAAAGAAUGUCGAAAACAGUGUGGCCAUCUAAACAUCGGAAAGCCAGGCACAAUCAAACGGUAUCACACCAUGAAUCGCAAACGCUUGAUGUUGAGAUGUUCAUAAAAUUAAAGUGUGGUUCAUUUUGCCGAUGUCUUGUUUAUGGUUUGAGGCCAGCAAACUUUAUGAUUUUGGAGCUGCAAAACGGGCUGGAUAUGAAAAUGUGUCCGUCAAAUAUAUUUUGGAGGGGAUGCUGCUCAGUGUCAAAAAUGUGUCAAACCCUGAAAAUAUUCAGCUUUGUACGUAUGUGUGAUGUUUAUAUAUAAUAGAAUCAAGACAUCUGAUUAUUGAGCAAAAUCAGUUUUUCCGUGACAACACUUGGAGUUCAUUACUAGUCAUACUUUCUAAUAAAUUUGAAAAUAAUAUAAACCAAACUCAACAAAGCAAAUGUAUAAAUGAUGCCAAUUAAGUUGUCCCUUAAGUUUUUGGUCAAUGCUUUGUUCUUGUUUGUGCGUACCGCCUACACUCAUGCAAUGCAAAAAUAAUAGGACAGCUUCCAAAAUAAAAGCACCGGAAGACACUCUCAAA